AUAGUUCUUAUCACCAAAAUUCCGCUUAUCGGAACUAAAAAAUUGAAACUUUUUCCGAGUAUUCAACAGUUCUCAAUUAUAUCUCAAUUUCGAUGGAUUUAAUUCGUUUGAUUCGUACAAAAAUUGACGAAAGAUUGUCUGCCGGAGAUGAUAAUUCGUUUUAUAUUUUGGAUGUAAACGAUGUUCGUUUAAAAUAUGAAAACUGGACCAAAGAAAUUCCUCGCGUUGUUCCAUUCUAUGCGAUCAAGUGUAACGAUGACGCGGUGAUUGUAAAAACUUUGGCAGACCUAGGAACUGGAUUUGACUGUGCAUCGAUUAGCGAAUUAGAUCAAAUCUUAACGAUGGGCAUAAAUCAAAACCGAAUAAUUUAUUCGCACACAGUGAAACAGGCUUCUCAUUUACAGUAUGCCGCUGAUAAGCAAGUAGAUAUGGUAACGUUUGACAGUAUGGGUGAGCUGAUUAAAAUCAAAAAUAUACAUCCAAAUGCGAAGGCUGUGCUGCGUAUCAAAUUCGAUGCCGAGAAAUCGAUCAUUUGCAUGGGAAUCAAAUUUGGCUGUGAUCCAUUGACUGAAGCACCGGAUUUGAUUAGAAAAUGUCAAGAACUCGGAGCCUUGCACUCAGUUCGACAGUUGUUCGAUGUGGCUGAUACAUAUGGAUUCAAAUUACAGCUGGUCAAUAUAGGCGGUGGAUUCAUGGGAAAUGACAUGAGUUUACUUGCCAAUUAUGCCAAAUAUAUAAAUCGAGGCAUCGAUCUCUAUUUUCCAGAUCCGUCUUUGACCAUUAUCUCUGAACCUGGUCGCUACUUCUCGGAGUCUGCCCUCACUUUGGUGGUUCAAGUGAUACUGAAGAAAGUCUCCAGCGACGGUCAUGUUCAUUAUUACAUCAAUGACAGCAUCUACCAUUCAUUUUGCAUUGCUUUCAUUUACGAAUCAAAACUGAAAUUCAGUGUCAUUCGAAAAACUAUAAAAUCGAGUACACCCAUUGAACGUGCAUCAACCAUUUGGGGUCAGACGUGCAAUACAAAGGAUAAAAUAGUUGGAAAUGAAAUUAUGCCGGAAAUGGAAAUCGGUGACUAUUUGGCAUUUGAGAACAUGGGGGCCUAUACAACGACUGUAUCAACACGAUUCAAUGGAUUCAAAAUCGGCGAAAUUAUACACAUCAAUAGAUGAUUUUUCGUUCAUUGGCGAUAUGCAUCUAUUGAACAGUUUUAGCAAUUAACGAACUUCAGAGAUAUAAUUUUUGAUAUCCAACGACGACAUUCAAUUGAUCAGAUCAGACCACUUAGUGGCGAUUAAUACGAAAUUUGUAAUUUUCAUGUCACUUAAUAAAAUGUUAAGA